CGUGCUGGAAAUGCAAGGAGGUAGGGCAUUUUAGGAAUCAAUGUCCGAAUGAUAAGAAAGUAAACAUUGCUCAAGGCUCUGCGAGUGACGAGGAGGUCGCUCUGACUUGCUGUGAGGAAAGCAAUGUGGAUUCCUGGGUCAUGGAUUCUUCAGCGAUGAAGCAUUGCAGAAUCUAGUUUUUGGAGACUUUGGAAAGGUACGACUAGCGGACGACAGAGCUCUUGAUGUGACGGGCAUGGGUGACAUGGUGUUGAAGACCUCAGUCGGUCUAUGGACUUUGAAGGAUGUCAGAGUGGUUCCAGCCUUGAAGAAAAGUUUGAUUUCUGUCAGGCAGUUGGACGAACAGGGACACGAGGUGAAGUUCAGAGAUGGGCAGUGGAAGGUCGUGAAGGGAAAUCUUGUCAUAGCCCGCGGAAGAAAGAGUGGUUCGCUGUAUAUGGUCGAGUUACCAUCUGAGGGAGUGACCGUCCCAGUUCAGAAGAAAAACAAAGUCCGGUUCACAGAGUCUCGUGGGCAGAAUAAGGUUGUCUGUGCAAGAGAGAAACUUAGAGCCACUGGUCAGACUCAGGAUGAACGAGCGUGGAAAGGUUCAAGGAGGCCAGUUAGAGGUAUUUGUGGCAGUGGGAGCUCAAGAGGCGCUUCAACCAAGUUGCCUAGAAGACAGUGGGUCAGGAGAACCAGUAUUCCAGCUGUUGGAACAUCUCCAGAAAAUUUCUUGCUGAGUAUGGAGAGUGUUUGUUCUCAAGAUGUUCCAGGAUCCGGCAAUGUGCGUCUGCAGUGGGAGCCGGUAGGGACCGAGGACGAGUCAGGGGCAGAUUUUGCCGUGACUGAUGUGUUGGAGCUUGGGAGAGCUUCAAUGGGCCUUUCACACGUUACACCUGAGCUGUCACGAGUCUUCGACUGACUCCUUUGUCUGUUCUUGCUCCCACUACCUCUGUUAUUUCUUCUACCUCUACCAACAUGAAGCAAUUCACCAGAUGACUCCCCUGAAUUCUUUCUUCUGACAUCCUCGCCAAGAACGAGAUCUCGAAUCUGAUCAAAGGUGAAUCCAUCGGGUCCCACUGAACCGGUAACUGCUGUAACCGUUCCGGACCAACUAUCAGGUAAAGACGAUAGCAGUAGCAAAGCUUG